CAGGCUGUAAUUAUGUCAUCUCCCAGCCGGGACGCAGGGACGGCGUCAGGAUGCUAAAAUGCUGGAUAGCCCUUUUUGUCCGACGGGUGAAACUUCGACAAGAAAAUCAAGGGUCGACCUGACAGAUAAUGCCUGAUGAAGAGCCUUGGGUUGGAUCAUGGAGGCCCCACAGACCGCGAGGGCCCAUAGCUGCCCUCUAUAGCAGCCCAGGGCCAAAGUAUGCCUUGCCUUCACUGACAGGUUCUAGACUACAUGAUCCAACAAAACACAAAGCCCCCAGUUUCAGCUUCCGUGCCCACUAUGAUAUAAGCACGCAAGAAACCUCACCCGGACCUAAACACCUCAUCCCCUCCAAUAUCACCAAAAAUGGCCGGGAUGGGACGCCAGCAUUUUCGUUCGGUAGUCGUCCCAAGGAUGCAGUGCGCGCCCAAGUCCCUGCACCCAACCAUUACCACCUUGAAAGUUCAGACAAGGUCACUUAUCACACUUCUCCUUCUUAUACAUUAUCCGGGAGGUGGAAACAAGUUGCGCAUAGCAACCAGACUACUCCUGGUCCAGCAUCCAACACUCUACCUCCUGUCUUCGGACCCAAAACUGUCAAUAUAAGAGCAGCACCUGCACACUCGCUCUACGGUCGCAGUAAAAAUGGCAAAUUCAUGGAGGACUACACAAAGUCUCCAGGCCCUGCAGCCUACCAAGCUGUGGAUCCCCAAAUUUACCUAAACAAAUCCCCUCAGUACAGCAUGCCAGGGCGCAAGUUCGUCCCUCAAAGCGCGACAAGGACGCCAGCACCUGGAGUCUACUGUCCUGAGAAGGUCACCACAACACACACCAAAGCGCCAGCCUUCACCUUUGGACUGCGUCACUCGCAAUACACCAUAUGCCCAAUCAUGGAUGCGGAUAAAUACCAACAGUCAUUUUCCUUCCUUUGAGCUGGACUCUUCAACACAGUGGCAUCAGAAGAAGCAAAGCGGUCAAAGUUAACGGAUGACAUUUGUUGAUGAGAUCUCACAGUUCAGCGUUUGCAGUACUUUGUCUUGUCUGUGAAUGUGGCUCAACACAUCGUACUGUGGCUUCUCAGUUCAGGCCAAGUAAACCUCCCCUUGAAUGUACCCUGCAUGUGGCACUUGUGAUCUCAUUGGUGUCAGGGAAUUUAACUUCAUUGUGUUCUACAGUAUUUUUUUAAUAAAAACAAAAUAACAAUGAAACUUUUUUUUUUAGUUUGUAGUACAGUGCGGUUACAGUAAGAUGAAAAUUCAUUCAGUGGCUAGUUAUUUUUAUUAGCCAAAUUAAGAACAUGAGUGAAAACAGCCAUUUUGUCAUUUCACGUUAAAAUACAUCCAUUCCACCAUACAAAGUCACUUGCAUUCUAAACUCGGCCAAUCUAGUCAUUUUGGGCUUAUUGUAUGUGCAGUGAGUUAACCUAAAUUAUAUCCUUGUUUACUGGAUUGUACACACAAAAAAUGUGAACUAUUUUGCAGAUACCACAUCUUGAGAUUUAUAUAUGUUUUGGUGAAUCAUGUGGCAAAUGCUAAUUAAAAAAUGACAUUUCAAAUGAGUCCAAGCAGCGCUGACGUCAUUUUAGGACAUCUCUGAAGGCACAUUCUGAGAGA